GGAUAAACGAUUAGCUGGUACAGCUCUUUUUCAGCUGUGUCUGGGUUUAAUUUUAGGGAAACAAAAUGUCUCAGUCAUUGACAGGAAUUCAGGAGCAAUGGAAAUCUCUGGAGCAAGAGUAUCAAAAACUUCAGUUAUGUCAUAAAUACAUAUAGACCUUUCCUAAUGCUGUCCUCCAGGAGACACACAGAAAAUAUUUACAGAAACUGGAUGAAAUAUCCAAACUUCAGAACAACUGCUCGUCAUCUAUCAGCCUUCAUCGAAAAAGACUGAAAGACUUGUCCAGCCAAGUACAUAAGUGCAUUAAAGGCUCAACAGGAGAUGAUGCAAAGACUUUGUGUGACAUAAAAGAGAAAGUCAAGACACAAGAACAUGCUUUCUCUGAAAUGGACGCUUUCCUUCCCAAGACAAAUGGGUUGUAUCUCAAUCUGGUUCUUGGGAAUGUGAAUGUGACUCUUCUUAGCAAGCAGUCAAAAUUUGCCUACAAGGAUGAAUACGAGACGUUCAAGCUGUACCUUACAGUCGUCCUGCUGCUGUUCUCUUUCAUGUGUUUUUUCUUCGUGAGCUACAGAUUUCUGGAUGCAAUCUUCAACUUCCUGCUGGUUUGGUACUACUGCACAUUAACUAUCAGAGAAAGCAUCCUCAUCACAAAUGGAUCCAGAAUCAAAGGAUGGUGGGUUUUCCACCACUACGUCUCAGCCUUUUUGUCUGGUGUGAUGCUGACAUGGCCAGACGGAAACCUUUACCAGACAUUCAGGAACCAAUUUCUUGCCUAUUCCUUUUAUCAGAGUUUUGUUCAGUGCCUGCAGUACUAUUAUCAAAGUGGAUGUCUGUACAGACUACGAGCACUGGGAGAAAGACACAACAUGGAUCUGACUGUAGAGGGAUUCCAGUCCUGGAUGUGGAAAGGGCUGACGUUUCUCUUGCCCUUCCUGUUUUUUGGUCAUUUUUGGCAGCUCUUCAACAGCCUGUCUCUGUUCAGAAUGGCUCAGCUCCCAGACUGUAAGGAAUGGCAGGUCCAGAUGUGUGGGCUCUGCUUCCUCGUUCUGUUCAUGGGAAAUUUCUUCACUACGCUCGCAGUUGUUCGUCACAAGUCAAAAAGCAGGAAUCAGAAACCAAAGAGCAUGUGAUGGAUAAAAAUAAACAUAGGAGUGAAAUGCUGUUUCACCGAAAGAAGGCUCAUCUUGGUCGUGUCUCCUGUCACAUCCUUAGAUAUAAUUAAAAAAACAUAUAAUUUCAUGUAUAUCUAUGGUAAAUGUUAAUCCUAUUCAAUUAAAGCUAAAAGGUAAUCUAUAGUCCACAUAAGACCUGGAUAUAUUUGAAUAGGAAACCUAUGUGUGUUGGGAAAUGACGAUGCAUGAAUGAAAUCACUGUCUAAUAAAUGAUUCAGUUUUACCACAA